AUGAAGUUCCUCGCCCUCGCCGCAGCCCUCGCCAUUCCCGCCCUCGCCCUGCCAGAGCCCAUGUCUGGCGGUCCCUCUCUGCAGUCCAGAGACAAUGUCAAGCUGAACCAAUACCGCAACAUCGAUGACUGCCGAAACGACAAUGCCAUCCUCUUCCACGCAGCUCCAGUGUCUGGGACCUGUUACAACCUUGAUAGCCAGACUGGCGCCAUGUUCAUCAACACGGCUGGGUUCCUGGCUAGCAAACUCUACAACCAAAUCAACUGCGGCGGUGACUGGAUCGGCGUCACGGGUGGGACGUGCCUUGAGAAGAGCGGCUGGAACUCGUUCAAGCUGCAGUGA